AUGGGAAAAGGGUGGUUUUUGAGAUGGGUAUUGGUGGUUGGGGUAAUGGGUUGGUGUGUGGAGGGGCUUGGGGUGAAUUGGGGAACCCAAGCUACACACGAGUUGAGGGCAGACACAGUGGUUCAGAUGUUGAAGGAUAAUGGGAUUGAAAAGGUUAAGCUGUUUGAUUCAGAUGAGUCUUGCAUGAGUGCUCUUGCUGGCUCUGGGAUUGAAGUCAUGAUUGCCAUUCCUAAUAACCAGCUUGCUCAAAUGAAUGAAUAUGAUCGUGCCAUGCAGUGGGUGAGGAAGAAUGUUACUAGUUACAAUUUCCAGGGUGGAGUUAACAUCAAGUAUGUUGCAGUUGGGAACGAGCCAUUUUUAAAAUCCUACAAUAAUUCAUUCAUAAAUGUGACUUUCCCUGCAUUACAGAACAUUCAAAAUGCCCUUAAUGAGGCUGGUGUAGGAGACUCCAUAAAGGCUACUGUGCCCUUAAAUGCUGAUGUGUAUGAGUCUCCAGAGAACAAUCCUGUUCCAUCUGCAGGAAUAUUUAGGCCUGAUAUAAGUGAUCUAAUGACCCAGAUAGUGCAGUUCUUGAAUAAGAAUAGUGCACCAUUCACAGUGAACAUUUACCCCUUCCUAAGUCUCUAUGAGAAUGACAAUUUCCCCUUUGACUUUGCCUUCUUUGAUGGGGUGGCCAAUCCCAUAAAUGAUAAUGGGGUUUCAUACACCAAUGUUUUUGAUGCAAAUUUUGACACCUUGGUUUCUGCUCUUAAAUCAGUGGGAUAUGGGAACAUGCCCAUUUUGGUAGGAGAAGUAGGGUGGCCCACAGAUGGGGACAAGUAUGCCAAUUUGGGCAAUGCUUUUAGGUUCUAUAAAGGGCUUCUACCAAGGCUUGCAGCAAAUAAAGGCACCCCACUAAGGCCUGGAUUUAUUGAAGUUUAUCUAUUUGGACUUAUUGAUGAGGAUGCAAAGAGCAUUGCCCCAGGUAAUUUUGAGCGUCAUUGGGGAAUUUUUAGGUAUGAUGGAAAGCCCAAGUUUCCAAUGGACCUUUCUGGUAAAGGUAAGAACAAGUUACUAGGUGGAGCACAAAAUGUGCAUUACCUUGAUUCAAAGUGGUGCAUGUUUAAUCCAGAUGCCAAUGAUCUAAGCAAACUUGCAGAUAAUAUAAACUAUGCUUGCACCUAUGCUGAUUGCACUGCACUUGGAUAUGGGUCUUCCUGCAACAACCUCGAUGCUAAUGGGAAUGCCUCAUAUGCAUUUAAUAUGUAUUACCAAGUGCAGAACCAGAAUGACAUGGCAUGCAAUUUUGAAGGUUUAGCAAAACUUACAACAAGCAAUAUUUCAACGCCAACUUGCAAUUUUAUUAUUCAGAUAAAUCCUUCCUCAUCCUCCUCUUUGAGACCCUCGCUAGUAGCUUUCUUAUUUGUCACUUUACUUACGAUUCUAUUUUGUUAA